CUGCAAAGAGUGGAGCGCAACGUAGGUGAAUGUUGUGAAAUAUUUUUAUUUAUCACUUUUAAUUUAGAAAAACCGGACCGUUUUUAAUCGUAUCAAGUUUAAUCGCAGUCGGAAAUUAUGGAUAUGUGAACAGGAAGUAAGAGGGGACUGCAAGCUCGCAUUUUACGAGCGUCGUGGGAUUUUGAAUAGCCGGACACGAAGAUGGCGGACCCCGAUCCGGAGACCCUGCUUGAAUGGCUGAACAGUGGGCUGGGCGACGAACGCGACAUGCAACUAAUUGCUCUCGAGCAAUUGUGCAUGUUGUUGCUGAUGUCCGACAAUGUGGAUCGUUGUUUCGAGAGCUGUCCGCCACGCACCUUUUUGCCAGCGCUCUGUCGCAUCUUUCUCGACGAACAGGCCCCCGAGAACGUCCUCGAGGUGACGGCCCGCGCCAUCACUUACUAUCUCGACGUUUCGGCCGAAUGCACGAGGAGAAUUGUGGCCAUCGACGGAGCCGUUCGUGCUAUCUGCAAUCGGCUAGUCGUCGCCGAAUUAUCAUCAAGGACCAGCAAGGAUUUGGCGGAACAAUGUGUUAAGGUUCUGGAACUGAUCUGUUCACGAGAGGCGGGCGCGGUGUUCGACGCCGGCGGCCUAAGCGCCGUCCUGCCAUUCAUCCGGGACAAUGGAAAUCGCGUCCACAAGGACACGCUGCACUCGUCGAUGACGGUAGUGUCGAGGCUCUGCACCAAAAUGGAGCCGGCUGACGCACAACUGCCAACGUGCGUGCAAGCUCUGAGCACGCUGCUCCAGCACGAGGACGCUCACGUGGCCGAGGGGGCCCUGCGCUGUUUCGCCUCGGUGGCAGACCGGUUCACUAGACGAGGCGUUGAUCCGGCGCCUUUAGCACAGCAUGGUUUAGUAAACGAAUUAUUAAACCGCCUAUCCAAUGCUGCCGGUCCGGCCACGGCCAGCGGAAGUCAGAGCACUCCUGGAAAGGCGUCAUCCACAAAUAACGCCGCUGCCGCUGCCCCUGAUUCAAAAGCCAACGCCGCUUCAGUAUCUACCAUUAUCAGUUUGCUGUCAACAUUAUGUAGGGGGUCACCAACAAUUACCCACGAUUUAUUAAGGUCAGAAUUACUAGACGCCAUAGAAAAAUCACUGAAAGGAGACGAACGUUGCGCUCUCGACUCUAUGCGGCUUGUCGAUCUCUUGCUGGUGCUUUUGUUCGAGGGACGACGUGCCCUCGGCAAAUCGGGAGGUUCGUCAUCGGCAUCCGGACAACUGAUGCCACGCAUCAGACGCAUGGACUCCGCCGCGGAGAAAUCGCAUCGGCAGCUCAUUGACUGCAUAAGAUCAAAGGACACAGACGCCCUCAUCGAAGCCAUCGAAAAUGGCGGCGUCGAGGUGAACUUCAUGGACGACGUGGGUCAGACGCUGUUGAACUGGGCGUCCGCCUUCGGCACACAGGAGAUGGUUGAGUAUUUGUGCGAGAAGGGGGCGGAUGUGAACAAAGGUCAAAGGAGCUCGUCACUGCAUUACGCCGCGUGUUUCGGCCGGCCGGCCAUCGCCAAGGUGUUGCUGCGUCACGGUGCCAAUCCCGAUCUACGCGACGAAGACGGCAAGACGCCUCUGGACAAGGCGCGUGAACGUGUCGACGAGGGUCACAGAGAGGUGGCGGCCAUUCUUCAAUCGCCGGGUGAAUGGAUGAUUCCCGUAGACAAGGAUCGCACCCGCAAAUCAGAAUCUGACAACGAAGACUCGAUAGAACCGCGCGGCGAUCCGGAGAUGGCCCCCGUAUACCUGCAAAGGCUCUUACCGGUGUUCUGCACCACGUUUCAGUCGACGAUGUUGUCCAGCGUGCGCAAGGCCAGCUUGGGGUUGAUCAAGAAAAUGAUUCAUUACAUACAGCCAAAUCUGUUGGAGAAUUUAUGCAGCAUUGAAGCUAGUCCCAAUUUUGGAACACAACUUGUUGAAGUUAUUGCCACAAUUUUAGAUAAUGAGGAAGAUGAAGAUGGGCAUUCAGUCGUUUUAUCCAUCAUUCAGGAUUUAAUGACAAAGUCACAAGAAGUAUUCUUGGAUCAUUUCGCUCGUCUUGGUAUAUUUACCAAGGUUCAAACACUGGCGGGACCGCCUGAUCCACCGGAAGCAGAAGAAAACGAAACUAACGAAGAUGGCAACGAACAGUUACAGCAUGAGGACGCCAAAGAAAUACUGCCGGGCAAGGCGUAUCAUUGGCGCGAUUGGUCUGUGUGUCGUGGACGCGAUUGCCUGUAUAUAUGGUCGGAUGCAGCCGCUCUCGAACUGUCGAACGGUUCGAACGGUUGGUUCCGUUUCAUACUAGAUGGAAAGCUCGCCACCAUGUAUUCGAGUGGAUCGCCGGAGGGCGGUGCUGACACGACAGGCAAGGGACGGACGGCUGAUUCGCUCACCACAGAAGAAAACCGUGGUGAAUUUUUAGAAAAGUUACAAAGAGCUAGAGGUGCCGUAAAAUGCAACAACAAUUCAAUUCCCAUUCUUUCGAAACCGGGAGCUACGAGACUCGUUGUGGGAAAUUGGUCAUUGAUAUCAAGGAAAGAUGCGGAAAUUCACAUUCACAAUUCUGACGGACAACAACAGACCACAAUCUUAAGAGAUGACCUACCUGGGUUCAUAUUCGAAUCCAACCGAGGAACUAAGCAUUCGUUUAUAGCUGAAACAAGUCUAGGCCCUGAAUUUGCAGCUGGAUGGACAAAUAAAAAGGGCAAACGCCUACGUUCGAAAUUGGAAGCAACGAAAAUGAAAGUAAAAUAUCUCGCCCAUUCGAUCUACGAGCAGUAUUUCAGAGCUGCACAAGCUCAGCCGCGAGGAGUUGUAGCUAAACUGGGCAAUAUUGUCGCACAAAUUGAACGGGCCUGUCAGAAACAAUGCUCAUACGGAAACAACCGCGAAGGCGGCAACUCCUGGAAGGAAAUACUCCGGACGGCGCUCGAUGAUCUCACGCAAAUUUUGCAGGAAGAUGGCGUCGUAAGCGCUUACGAAUUACACAGUUCCGGUUUGGUUCAAGCCCUACUCUCAUUAUUGUCCACAAGUUAUUGGGAUCAAGGUCUAAAGUCCAAUAAGAUGAACAAGUAUCAGAAACAAAGGGUGCAAGUGUUUAAGCAAUGCUUUAAGAACAGAUCAACAGAAGAUCACAAUUCGAUAUCUAUUCUAGUCCACAAAUUGAUCUCAGUAUUGGAGAGUAUAGAAAAGCUACCGGUUUACUUGUACGACACCCCAGGUUCCGGUUACGGUCUUCAGAUAUUAACUAGAAGGUUAAGGUUCCGUUUGGAGAAAGCACCCGGUGAAAGCUCAUUAAUCGACCGUAGUGGCAGAGGUUUAAAAAUGGAACCACUAGCGACAGUAGCACAACUAGAAAGAUACCUUCUUAAAAUGGUUGCAAAACAAUGGUACGACUACGAUAGAAGUACAUUCCAGUUCCUGAAGAAGAUGAGAGAUCCAAAAUACCAAACAUUUAAACAUUCGCACGACUUUGAUGAAAACGGUAUCAUCUACUUUAUCGGGACUAACGGGAAAACUAGUUCGGAAUGGGUCAAUCCGGCACAAUAUGGACUGGUAACAGUUACAAGCUCAGAUGGUAGGAAUUUACCAUACGGUAGAGUGGAAGAUAUACUUUCAAGAGAUUCAUCAGCAUUAAAUUGUCACACUAACGACGAUAAACGGGCAUGGUUCAGUAUUGAUUUAGGUUUGCACAUCAUACCAACAGCUUACACAUUACGUCACGCUCGAGGUUAUGGCAGGUCUGCACUUAGAAAUUGGCACUUCCAAAUGUCCAGGGAUGGCGUUACUUGGACAACAAUGUACACCCACACGCACGACAUGUCUUUAAAUGAUCCAGGCUCUACGAACACCUGGCCCAUUGAGGUGCCCUCUGUUGAAUAUCAGGGCUGGAGACAUGUUAGAAUCCAACAAGCUGGAAAGAACGCGUCUGGACAAACUCAUUAUCUGAGCCUCUCCGGAUUUGAAAUUUACGGUCAGGUCACCGGUGUAUGUGAGGAUUUGGGAAAGGCAGCUAAAGAAGCCGAAGCACACCUUAGGAAGCAAAGAAGGCUUUUAAAGACCCAACUUCUAAAACAUAUGACCGUUGGUGCUAGGGUUGUCAGAGGCAUUGAUUGGAAAUGGAGGGAUCAAGAUGGAAAUCCGCCUGGAGAAGGAACGGUCACAGGUGAAUUGCACAAUGGAUGGAUUGACGUGACUUGGGAUCAUGGUGGUUCCAAUUCCUAUCGCAUGGGUGCUGAAGGUAAAUACGAUCUUAAGUUGCCUCCUGGUUUCGAUUUUGAUGCAGCUACCACAUCCAAAGCCUGCGGAUUUAAGGCGAAAGAUGCCAAGGAAAAACAUAGUGUACUGACUAGUAGGAAGAGUAGUUCCACACCAAGUUUACCGGAAGCCACUGAAGCCAAAACGUCUGUAGCCUCUACGGAACAAGCAGCUUCGGCCGAUAAUUUAGCCGCCAAACAAGCUGCAGAGACCAUUGCGGAAAGUGUGCUUUCAGUCGCAAGGAACGAAGCGUUAGUAGCAGUGACGUCAGAAUCUCAAGCGGCCAGUAACGACUCUGAAUUGUCGGUUGUUGUACAUCCUUUAAGAGAUCCGCAUUAUGACUUGUCAGCCAUAAAUAAUUCUAGUGAUUUGGCCACAAUCGUUGAAAGUUUAAACAUGAAUGACUCGAAAACCGACAGACCUGACAGUACCAGCAGACAAAACUCAGAAGAACCAUCAAUCAGUUCCGAUAACUCAAAAGCAUCAAAUAAAGCAUCUCACUCUAACAAAAAUGGCUCCAAAAUGACGAACAAUCAAGCUGCAGCUGCUGCGGUACAAAGUAUCGCUGAAGCGGUUGAAGCUUUAGAUAAAAUACGGGAAGGUUCCGCUGACAUGCUGAAGAAUAAUACAAACAACUUUUUGUCUGGUGAAUUGUUACCAUCUGGAGAAUUAUUACAGUCCGCAUUAAACAUAAGUUUUCGUCAGAAUACCCAAUCAGCAAUUAACGCUCUCUCAAGUACGUUGCAUCCAAGCGUGCGAAUUUCAGUGUCCAGUAACUCGGAAACUGACGACGAGAAACCGGUACGUCGAAAAGACGUGGACAAGGGUGGUUGUAGCAGAGACAAAGACGAUGCAGUGACGAAUACGAACAACGCCAAAAACAACAGUAAUAACACGGUGAUGGUUACAAAUCCGAUGAGUGUAAGCGUCCCCAAUCUUACGUCGACCGAAUCAAACAGUCAAAUCGAGGCAACAUCGACAGCAGGCCUCUUGGAAACGUUUGCAGCAUUGGCACGUCGCCGAACUCUCGGCGCCGUGUCGACAACGAACAGCGCCAACACUGGCAUUAACAAUCAGUCGGUGGCCAGUUCGAAUGCACAAAACAACCAAAACAGUGGUUCCUUGUUCCCACGUGGACCCAACUCUGUCACCAGUCUUGUACGUCUGGCGCUCUCUAGCAAUUUCCCCAGCGGAUUGCUUAGCACCGCUCAGAGCUAUCCCAGUUUAUCAUCCAGUAACAAUGCAGGCGGCCAACCAGAUAUUCCAACUACAGCUGGAACGGUGCCAGGUCUUAGCCAAGCACUUACCAUGAGUUUAACAUCGACCAGCAGUGAUAGCGAACAGGUUUCCCUCGAAGAUUUCUUGGAAUCUUGCAGGGCACCUACUCUUCUCGCAGAAUUGGACGAUGACGAAGAGAUUGGCGACGACGAUGACAAUGAUGACGAUGAAAAUGAAGACGACGCCGAUUACGAAGAAGUUAUGGUGUCACGUAACUUGUUAUCGUUUAUGGAGGAGGAAGGCUUCGAAGCCAGACCCAGCAAACGUCGGUCUUGGGACGACGAAUAUGUAUUGAAAAGACAAUUUUCGGCGUUGAUACCAGCAUUUGAUCCGCGACCUGGUAGAACGAACGUUAAUCAAACGACAGAUUUGGAAGUACCUGCUCCUGGUCAAGAAGAAAGUAAUUCCAGCAUAGAGCAUGAACUUCUUCCCCAACCUAAACUACAAUUGGUGCUCAAAGGUCCCAACAUGGCUGGCAUCAUGGAUGUAGAAAUUGAACUAACAGAUCCUUCUUGGACUAUAUUUAGGGCUGUGCAGGAGCUAAUGCAAUUGACAGAAUUUAGUUCCAAACAAGAGAAGCUAAGAAGAAUCUGGGAACCGACAUUCAUGAUCAUCUACAGAGAAGUAAAAGAGGACGGAACAUAUGAUUCGGAAGAAGGAAGGGCCACACCGGUCGCCACACAGUUUUCACGUAGUGGAAGCAGUUCGGUGGCAGGUACUACCCUUUCUCCCAGCACUCCGAUUCCCGGAACACCAUCAGUAUCAAACUGCACCGUCGAAGACGUGUUGCAAUUACUGAGACAUCUAUUUGUGAUCACUACAACGAAAGAAAAUGACCUGAGCGCCUUGGAAGUCGCCGAAAUAGUACCUGAACAGUUCUCGAGCAAGAAAAUCACCAACAAGCUGUUGCAGCAGAUCCAAGAUCCGUUGGUGUUGUCGAGUUCGAGUCUGCCCACGUGGUGCGAGGAAUUGAACCACUCCUGUCCAUUUUUGUUCCCCUUCGAGACGCGACAGUUGUACUUUAAUUGUACAGCAUUUGGUGCAUCACGGAGCAUCGUCUGGCUGCAAACCCAACGGGAUGUAACUAUGGAAAGGCAAAGAACACCGGGGUUGUCGCCACGAAGGGACGAUCCACACGAAUUCCGAGUGGGAAGAUUGAAGCAUGAAAGGGUUAAAGUUCCAAGAGGAGAUGAAUUAUUAGAAUGGGCAAUCCAAGUGAUGAAGAUACACGCCAGCCGCAAAUCAAUCCUUGAAGUUGAAUUUGCCGGCGAAGAAGGGACCGGUCUGGGUCCGACCCUCGAAUUUUACGCCCUGGUUGCCGCCGAAAUUCAGAGACGCGAUCUGGGCAUGUGGAUUUGCGAAGAUGACAGUAUUGACCUGCGGGAGUCCAUAGAUCUGGGCGAAGGAGCGAAACCGCCCGGCUAUUAUGUAAGACGGCCAGCUGGACUUUUUCCAGCACCGUUGCCACAAAAUUCCGAGAUUUGCGACAAGGCUACUAAAUACUUUUGGUUCUUGGGAGUGUUUCUUGCCAAAAUUCUCCAGGAUAACAGGCUAGUAGAUCUGCCACUCUCUAAGAGUUUCCUGAAACUCAUGUGUCACGGCGAAAUUCAAAACACCGUCAACGAAAGGAUCGGCUUCGCAGGAAUUAAAAAGAUAACAGAGGAAGAUGUUAUGACGUCUAGUCUCAUUUCUGAAGAGAGUGAGAAGGAGCUGGAAUUUGAUCCGCCCAAAAUCAUACUUGAGGAGAAGAAGCCUUGGUAUCAAAACAUUUUAACUGAAGAGGAUUUAUACGACAUUGAUCCCAUUCGGGCCAAUUUCCUAAAACAAAUUAAAGAAUUAGUUAAACAGAAGCAAAAAAUAAUGCAAGAUCACAAUCUAUCAGCUGAAACAAAAGCUCAUCAAAUCCAAAAUCUCUGCUUGAAUCACUCCAGUGGACCCGUAUUGUUGGAGGAUUUGGCGUUGACAUUCUCAUAUGCGCCCAGCUCUAGCGUUUAUGGAUUCCCAGCAGUUGAACUAGUUUCCAACGGAGCCGAUAUUGAAGUAAACAUCGAAAACGUCGAAGAAUAUGCGGAACUCACCAUGAGCUUCUGUCUAGAAAAGGGUGUGCACAGGCAGUUGGAAGCGUUUCACAGAGGUUUCUCGAUGGUGUUCCCGAUGGAGAAACUGGCCGCUUUCAGUCCAGAUGAAAUGCGGGUGAUGCUAUGCGGUGACCAAAAUCCCGAAUGGACUCGUGAAGAUCUCAUCAAUUAUACCGAACCGAAAUUGGGUUACACCAAGGACAGUCCUGGAUUCCUGAGGUUUGUUAACGUGCUGGUGGAUAUGAACGCUGAAGAAAGAAAAGCGUUCCUACAAUUCACUACGGGUUGUAGCUCGCUUCCUCCAGGCGGUCUCGCCAAUUUGUAUCCGAGGCUGACGAUCGUGCGCAAAGUGGACGCGGGAGAAGGAUCUUAUCCUUCAGUUAACACUUGUGUCCACUACCUGAAAUUGCCCGACUAUCCAACAGAGGAGAUACUGAGACAAAGACUUUUAGCAGCUACGAAAGAGAAAGGAUUCCAUUUGAAUUAAUUUUUUAGGUUCAUCAUUCUCUCUUUGUAAUCUGAACUGUAACUUUGAAUUACCGUCUUAGAAAUAUAAAUGCUACGUUUGUUUCCUUCAAGUGUUUAGGUAUAUGACUUUAAAUUUGUUAAGUUGCUUGGGACUGACUUGUUGUAGAUAGUUAAUCAAGUCCAGUAAAAUAAUUAUUUUAUUUGUUGAAUAUGGUUUUGGAUUUUGUUUUAGGAAUAAUUAUUAGGUAACCAAAUUGUUGCUUAAAUUUGCUUCAAAUCUACAUUUAUAAAGCAUAUAUCUAAAGAAAAGGAUAAAACAAUGUAUUAUUUUUUUAGGAUAAACAUUAAAGGAGUACUGAGAGUUUUUGUAUAAUUUGUAAUCUAUUAAACUAAAUUUUUAUUAGAAAAAGUUCAAGUGUACACACUUUCAAAUAUAGGUGUUUAAAAAUUAUGAGACAUCUCCUUAUUUAUAUAUAUAUAUAUAUGAAAUAUUAAUUAAUAGCCAAAGCAGUUAAAAACUGUUGGCUGCAAAUAUUAGUGAUACAAAUUAGAGAAUUUAUGACCAAAUUAUUAUAAUUACGUGAUUUUAUUUAUGUGAUUAUUUUGCAAUAUAGAAUAUAUUAAUAUAAUUCGUAGUGCACUUGGGAAAUAAUGGUUUAGUUGAUAUUUACUGCUUAAAAUAUUCUGCAGCAUAACAAUAUUGUAGAAGAAUAUGUCUGUAUGUAUGUACUUGAUGUUAAAAUACUAUGUUAUAUCUAAUAAACCUAAAAUAAAAUGCA